GAAGGAGCUAGCUAGUCAGGCUCGAAGAGCUGGAGGGAAGGCAGAGGGAGCGCCCAGCCAGGGCAGAGGCGAGGGCGCAGGCGAGCAGUCAGGUGUGGCCGCCGGGUUGAGCGCCAUGCGGGUGGCCGCGCGAGAUGAGGGCGCCAUGUUUUGGAAGUUUGACCUGCACACGAGCUCACACCUCGACACGCUGCUGGAGCGCGAGGACCUGAGCCUGCCCGAGCUGCUGGACGAGGAGGACGUGCUGCAGGAGUGCAAGGUGGUCAACCGCAAGCUACUGGACUUCCUGCUGCAGCCGCCACACCUGCAGGCCAUGGUGGCCUGGGUCACCCAGGAGCCGCCGGUCAGCGGCGAGGAGCGGCUGCGCUACAAGUACCCCAGCCUGGCCUGCGAGAUCCUGACCUCAGACGUGCCCCAGAUCAACGACGCGCUGGGGGCAGACGAGUCCCUCCUGCACCGGCUCUACGGCUUUCUACAGAGCAGCGGCAGCCUCAACCCGCUGCUGGCCAGCUUCUUUAGCAAGGUCAUGGGCGUCCUCAUCAACCGCAAGACUGACCAGCUCGUGUCCUUCCUGCGGAAGAAGGACGACUUUGUGGACCUGCUGCUGCAGCACAUCGGCACCUCGGCCAUCAUGGACCUCCUGCUGCGCCUCCUCACUUGCGUGGAGCGGCCGCAGCUGCGGCAGGACGUGGUCAACUGGCUCAAUGAGGAGAAGAUCGUCCAGCGGCUCAUCGAGCAGAUCCACCCUUCAAAGGAUGACAGUCAACAUUCCAACGCCUCCCAGUCCCUGUGCGACAUCAUCCGCCUGAGCCGCGAGCAGGUGAUCCAAGUGCAGGACAGCCCAGAGCCCGACCAGCUGUUGGCCACCCUGGAGAAGCAGGAGACGAUCGAGCAGCUCUUGAGCAACAUGUUGGAGGGGGAGCAGAACCCGUCUGUCAUUGUGAGCGGGAUCCAGGUGCUGCUGACGCUGCUGGAGCCCAGGAGGCCCAGGUCCGAGUCUGUGAGUGUGAACAACUUCCUGAGCAGUGUCGACGGGCAGCUGGAGCUCCUAGCCCAGGCAACCCUGGACAGCGCCCUGUGCAGCGUGGGUGCCCUGCACGCCCUGCGUCCCCGACUCAGCCACUUCCACCAGCUCCUGCUCGAGCCGCCCGAGCUGGAGCCGUUGCGCACGACAUGGGGCAGCCUGGCCCCGCCACUGGGCAACACUCGGCUGCAUGUGGUCAAGCUGCUGGCCAGUGCCCUGAGCGCCAAUGAUGCAGCCCUGACCCAGGAGCUCCUGGCGUUGGACGUGCCCAACACCAUGCUGGACCUCUUCUUCCACUAUGUGUUCAACAACUUUUUGCACACCCAAGUGGAGGUAUGUGUGAGCACGAUGCUGAGCUCUGGGCCGCCUGCCAACAGCAGCUCCGACUCACCCAUCCAGAACCCUGUCGUGAAACACCUGCUGCAGCAGUGCCGCCUGGUGGAUCGCAUCCUGACCUCCUGGGAGGAGAACGACCGAGUGCAGUCUGCAGGGGGCCCUCGGAAAGGCUACAUGGGCCACCUGACGAGAGUGGCCAACGCCCUGGUGCAGAACACGGAGAAGGGGCCCAACGCCGAGCAGCUGGGCCAGCUGCUGAAGGAGCUGCCAGAGGAGCAGCAGGAGCGGUGGGAAGCCUUCGUGUCAGGACCCUUGGCGGAGACCAACAAGAAGAACACAGUGGAUCUGGUGAACACCCACCACCUGCACUCCUCCAGCGACGACGAGGACGACAGGCUCAAGGAGUUCAACUUCCCGGAGGAGGCGGUGCUGCAGCAGGCCUUCAUGGACUUCCAGAUGCAGCGCAUGACCUCAGCCUUCAUUGACCACUUCGGCUUCAAUGACGAGGAGUUCGGGGAGCAGGAGGAGAGCGUGAACGCGCCUUUCGACAAGACGGCCAACAUCACCUUCUCUCUCAACGCCGACGAUGACAACCCCAACGCCAACCUGCUCGAGAUAUGCUACAAGGACCGGAUCCAGCAGUUCGAUGACGACGAGGAGGAGGAGGACGAGGAGGAGGGCCAGGGCUCUGGGGAGUCUGACGGGGAGGAUGGCGCCUGGCAGGGCAGCCAGCUGGCCAGGGGGGCCCGCCUGGGCCAGCCGCCAGGCGUGCGGAGCGGAGGCAGCACAGACAGCGAGGAGGAGGAGGACGACGACGAGGAGGAGGACGAGGAAGAUGGUGACAGCCGGGUGGCCCGCGGCAGGGCCAGGCCCGCCUCAUACCCCACCCCCAGCCCCCAGCCACCAGGCCCCAGCUGGACGGCUACCUUUGACCCAGUGCCUAUGGACACCCCUACCGGCCCCCAAGACUGCAGGGAGAAGGAGCCACACUCUGGGCCCCCCACCCUGCAGGGCCCCUGCAGUGUGCCCCUGGACCUCCCUGCCCCGAGCCCGGCUGGCCCUGCGGCCCCCAACGCCCUGCAGCUCAGGUCUCAGGAUCCCACGCCCCCCUCAGCACCUCAGGAAGCCACAGAUGGCAGCAAAGUAGCGGAGCCCUUGGCCCCCUGCCAGGCCUUGGUCAGUGUCGGGGACCUUCAGGCCACACUUAGAGGGACGCAUUCCGCCCCCAGCUCCUUGGACAGUGCAACCAGAGACCCUGCUACCUCUGUCCCAGUCCCUGGGGCCCACCAGCCCCCCCAGACCAUGGAAGGGCAGAAGAGCCCAGAACCCUCGGGGCUCCCACAAAGCCAGAGUGCCCUGACCCUUGAGCCGCUCCCGAUGCCCAAUGGCUCUGCUGCAGGAGGGCCAGUGUCCCCAGGCUCCCAGUAACUGCCUGGCCCGGUGGUGGCGGCCACAUCCUCCGUGCCCCACGUGGACCCUGCCCGGGUGGGAGCAGGGCCGGUCCCAAGGUGGCCCUGUUGCCCCAUCCCCUCUUCCCCACCCAGGAGGCUGGACUCCCAGGAGGCCGGUGCCAGGGACAAAGGCCCCCUCCCCCAAUUGCACUGAGAAAAGGAACUGCGGAGUUUUGUCUCCUAGAAUAAAGAUAGAGUUGAGUAGAGAGAAAGGAGAGUGAGAGAGACCUAUAUUAUAUAUUAUAUAUAUAUAUAUAUACAUAUAUAUAUAUCUCGAGGGAGGAGAGAGUGGGCAGGCGGAGAGCCAGGAGGAAGCAGGCCAGGGCUGGGGGCGGCGUGGACCUGCACCCUCCCACUGGGGCUACUGUGGUGAGGGGUCCUGAGGCUGCCACGCCCCCUCUUCCUGCCGGACCCCCACCCUCUGGUGCAGACGCCCACACCCACACUCGGCCUUUCAGCUCAGGUCCACCUUGGGGGAGGCCCGAGUGGGGGUCGUGCCUUUGCCCACCCCCAUCGCCCCGGGCCCUGCACUUUGAUCCAGGCUGGGGCUAGAAUCCCUUCCGUCUGGCCCAGCCAGCUCUGUGGGAGCAGGGGGCCCUGUUCCCUGGGGGCCUCCCGGGAUACACCCCCAGGGCCCUGAUGCACUCACCGAGUCCCCCUCCCUCUCCACGGACCCUGGGGCGGGGGUCUGGCAGGGGUCUGGCUGGGCUCCCCCUCCUACUCCCGAGGGUCUGGGGUCCAGCCCAGCCGCCAAGUGACCUUGUCCCAGCUCCCUCUCCCCAGGCUGGGGUGCGUGUGCGUGUGUUCGUGCCGAGCUUCUGUUUCAUAUUGCAAAUAUAAACAAAUAAAGGAAGACAGUUUAAGA